AUACAGGCUCAGUUGAGAUUUGUAAUCUUGUGAUGGGUUAGUGGCCAGUGCUCACCUGUCCUGUGAUUGAAGUUGGUAGCCUGGACGGGGCUGUGCUGCAAGCAUGUGGGCAGUGACUGAGCUGCACCACAGUGCGUUCAUGCGUCGCGCAAUGACAGGCAACUUGUAGCAACUGCGAGCGAUUGCGUGCAAAGACACAAAAUGGGGAUGGCCAGCGAAGAUCUGCUAGUGACACUCCAAAUAUUACCUGGUUUCUUUUCAAACUGUCUCUUCCUGGCGCUGUACGACUCCAUGGUGCUCGUGAAGCGCAUUGUUUCGCUUUUGAGUUGCUCCAGGUCCGCCGGCUCGGGAGAGUGGCGUCGCAUGUUGACGACGGCGGGGCUCCGCUCCAUCUGGAAUAGUUUCUUGCUGGACGCCUACAAAAAGGUCAAACUUGGCUGUGAGGCACCUAACUCCAAAGUUGUGAAGGUGUCGGGUAGUCCUCAGUGGAUCAACAAGGUUCAGACUAUACCUAAUGAGCAACAAGGUGCAAGGGUCCGAAAUCGGGAUGAAUGCCGACUCCUGGAUUUUGAGUCAUCCGAUCGCCCUCUGGUGGUCAACUUUGGCUCAGUCACAUGACCCCCCUUCAUCAGCCACCUGCCAGCUUUCCGGCGGUUGGUGGAAGACUUUAGUGAUGUUGCUGACUUUCUGCUGGUGUACAUUGAUGAGGCUCAUCCAUCUGACGGUUGGGUGGCCCCACCUAUGGGCUCUUGCUCUUUCAAUGUACGGAAGCAUCAGAGUUUAGAAGAAAGGCUGGGAGCGGCACGCAAACUAAUUGAUCACUUUUCUCUGCCACCACAGUGUCAGCUGGUAGCUGACUGUAUGGACAACAAUGCUAAUGUGGCUUACGGUGUGUCCAAUGAACGCGUGUGUAUAGUACAACACAGAAAGGUUAGCUAUCUGGGUGGCAAGGGGCCUUUUUUUUACAAUCUGAAGGAUGUGAGGCAGUGGCUGGAACAAAGCUACGGUAAACGGUAGAAAAACUCCAAGGCAGGAUGUAGAAGCCUAGGGGUGAACAUAACAGAAACCUCUUACACUCUGCUCCAGCUGACCCUCUGUUCAUCCAGACACAACUUUUGUUCAUUUGUUCACAAAGUGCACAGCCGAGGACAGGGAUAAGUGAUAAAUACACCAAGAACAAAAAUCUUUCCUACUUUCUCCUAUGAUACAUAUGUUACAAGUAAAAUGAAUUUGUGAGAAUCGCCCUUAAAGUGUUUACAUGAUAACCUGUGAACGGAAAGACUUUCGUAACAUGUCCAGCCAGACACUCAGUGUUACUGUUAAGUGUGACAGAGAAAGACACUGGAAAGGAAGAGACUAAUUCGCUACACAAGUUCAAAUACAAAUAAGAGGAGAUGUGAGUGUUUAAGAGCUGCUUCUAAAAGACUUGGACAAAAUGCUAGAAGAGGUUCUAUACAGAAUUAUAACCGGUUCCCUUUUUUUGUUGUAUCCCCAUUUAACCUUUUCCACUUCUGUGGCCUGGUAACAGAAGGCCUUGCCUUUGAUGUACACAAUAAUUAUUACCCGUUCUUUGCAGGCUAUAUUCACAUAACUACAAUAUUGAGAUUCUAGAUACAGUAAUACCAAAAUAUUUAUUAUAUAAAUAAUCAAAGUAUUUAUGGUGUUUCUGUUCUUGUUUACUUCCUGUUAUAGACCACAGUGAGACUAUAGAAUCAUUUUAACAUUAAAUCCCUACUUCAUUUGUUGCCACAGAACUUCAUGCCCUUCCAAAUCACUGAAUGGUUCCAUUUUCAUUUUGAUGAGCAUGUGCUGAAUUGGCAAGUUACUUAAAAACCCACAAGGAGUUGCUUAGAAGCAAUGGUCUGCAUGAACCAAGUGAAAUGGUGCCAUAUUUAUUGAACUAAUGUGCUUCCAGUGUUUGGUUAUAGUCAACACUGUAAAAGACAAAGGUGUUCUGAAGUUAUAAAGAAACAGUUUCAGUAUAUCACAGCAGCAUUAAUAUAAAAAUACAUUCACACUAUCAGUAACAAAGGGGUGGGGGGGGCAUGACUCAAAUAAGUUUAUGCACGCUUCGAACAACAUUAGGUCAACUUGGAACCUUGUCAAUCGAUUACUAAAAUAAAAGUUAACUUCAGCUGCUGCUCCUGUUGAGAUGAUGGGAAAAGAAGGGGCUCUGUCAUAUACUGCCCUGCAGUUCCAUUAUUGGAGCCAGGAGGGCGCUUUGUGUCCUCUCUCCUCCCUCCCCUCUCUGUUUUCAGCACCUGUCUUCAAUCAGCCUCAUCACCACCGGUGUAUAUAAGCCUGCCCAUUCCCGGAAAUCCUCGCCAAAGUAUUGCAGCCUCUCCUAGCGGUACCACGGCCCACCUUAUGUCAAGUAAGCUAUACUGUUCCUCGCUUCCCUUGUUAACUCUUGUUUCUCCUCGUUCCUAGUGCUCCCUUGUGUUCCUGACUUACAUCCUUCCUGCCACCAAGCCAGCCGUCUGUUCUGUCCACUGCCUGCCACCUGUCCACGCCGCCGCCUGCCAAAACAUCCAGGACCACCUCCAUAACCUUUCCUCAAUAAACUGUUCAUCAUUUUACAUCUGCUUCCGCCUGCUCUUGGAGGCUCUGAAGAAUGCAGUAACCCUCUAAGGCGCCCACAUUGGACGACAGGACAAAAAGCUGCAAGAAAUCACUGAAACGCUCCACUCCCUUUCGCAACAUGUAUCCCUCCUUUCCCAACAGAUGCAAUCCAUUCAACCCCCUGUAAGUACUCCUCCUGAGCCCGUAGCCUCCGAGCCACCCCACUUUCCCGUACAAAGAACCUCAUGUCCCUCAGCCCGAGCCCUACCUAGGUGCAUGUAGCCAGUUUUUUAAUUGCUCACUUGUAUUCAAUCUCCAACCGUACAGUUAUCCCACCGAACGUUCCAAAGUAGCAUAUGUAACUAACUUCCUCCGCAGCAAAAUGGUCCACUUCAUUAUGGCAAAACUCUUCUCCGGUACUUCAUUCAUUCGAUUUUUUUUUUCCCGCCGAACUCCGCAAAGUAUUUGAUCACCCAGUUCAUGGCAAAGAAGCCACCCGUCUCCUCCUCAUGCACACGCAGGGAGCUAAAUCAGCAGCGGAAUAUUCCAUUGAGUUCCGGAUAUCGGCAGGUGAAUGCGGAUGGGAUGACGCGGCGCUUGGGGGGAUUUUUUUCAAAUGGCCUCUCCGACCAACUCAAGGAUGAGCUAGUGGUCCGGGACGAGCCCUCCUCUCUCUCGAGGAUCUCAUCGCCCUUUCCAUUUGGCUUGAUAGCCGACUGCGAGAGAGAGAGAGCACGAGAGAGAAAGGGUCCGCGUAUGUAAGAAUCAUCCCACUCAGAGUACCACGCUGUCGGCUUCACACCCGCCUCCCCCACCGUCUCCCGCACCUCCGUCACUCUCCGUAGCUACCACAGAGCCCAUGCAAAUUGGUAAAAUGACCCACAGGAGCGUCAGUCAGCGGCUGUGUAUCGAGUCAUCCAGCGGCUGUGUAUCUACCGCGGUCAAUCCGGUCCCUUUAUUUCCUCAUGCCCCCUCCGAUCAAAAGGUUCACCGUGACCUGAGAGCGUCGUGGUGAGCCAAACCCCCAUUCCAUCAAGCUCUCCCUCUCGCAUGACCGUUCCCGCUUGCAUUAUAGUUUCUGCUCAGAACACCCCCAUUACAGCCCUUGUAGAUUCCAGUGCCGAUGACAACUUCAUUCAUGAAGCAAUAAUUCACCAGCUCCAAAUCCCUCUCCAACCACUUCCGUCCCCGAAGAAAGUCACAGCCCUGGAUGGCCGAAUCAUCUCCCCCGUUACGAUCCAAACAGUGCCAUUCAGCUUGCUCAUUUCGGGUAAUCACUGUGAGAACAUCUCACUUUUUGUUAUCUCUUCCCCUGAUACCCCAUUAGUCUUCGGAUUUCCCUGGCUCAAGAAACACAACCCCACCAUCGACUGGACACACGAAGCCAUCACCGGAUGGAGCCCUCACUGCCACUCACACUGCCUGCUCUCAGCUAUACUGCCCUCUGAUAAAUCGCUGCCCUCUUCCACGCCCGUUGACCUCUCCCGAGUCCCUGAAGAAUACCAUGAUCUCUCUCUCUGGUGUUCAUCAAAGACCUGGCCAUUUCGCUAACCCCCCACCGCCCGUAUGACCGCGCAAUUAAUCUGCUGCCGGGGGCCCCUCUUCCUUCUAGCCGUCUCUACAAUCUUUCCCGACCUGAGAAAAAGGCAAUGGAGGACUAUAUCCAUGACUCUCUGGCUUCCGGACUCAUAUGACCUUCCUCUUCUCCAGUAUGGGACGGCUUCUUUUUUGUUGAAAAGAAAGACACCACUCUUCGCCCAAGUAUCGACUACCGUGGUGUCAAUGACAUCACCGUCAAAAAUAAAUCUCCGCUUCCCCUCAUCUACCCCUCGUUUGAACCCCUCUGCGACGCCGGGAUAUUCACCAAGUUGGAUCUACAGAAUGCGUACCACUGCAUCCCUAUCCGAGAGGGGGAUAAAUAGAAAAACGCUUUCAACACCCCUCUCGGACACUUCGAAUACCAGGUCAUGCCGUUUGGAUUGACUAAUGGCCCCGCUGUCUUCCAGACCUUCAUUAACGAUGUCCUCCGUGAUAUGCUGAAUCGGUUUGUUUUUGUCUAUUUGGAUGACACUCAUUUUCUCCUGCUCCCUUGAAGAACAUCACCGUCAUGUACGCCAAGUCCUCCAACACCUCCUCCUGGAGCUCAUUCCUCCCAUGGAUUGAGUACGCCCACAACUCCCUCACCAGUUCCGCUAUCGGUAUGUCACCAUUCAUGGCUUGCUAUGGUUACCAACCCCCAUUAUUCAAAGAACAGGAGCAGGCAGUGGCAGUCCCCGCCGUCAAGGAUCCUCUCCGAAGAAUCUAGGCAGUGUGGAUAGACGUCCGAGCGGCGUUGACCCGGUAAUCGCUCCCCGACGCCCGAAUACAAGGUGGGCCAUUCUGUCUGGGUUUCUUCUCACGACCUCCCGCUUCAGACAGAGUCCCGGAAACUCACUCCGCGUUUCAUUGGUCCCUUCCCCAUUACCAAGAUCAUCAAUCCCACUUCCGUCCAAUUGAAGCUUCCACAGUCUCUGAAAAUUCAUCCUGCAUUCCACGUCUCUUUGCUGAAGCCUGUCUCCACCUAUGCCUUUUCUCAAUAAACGGUUCAUAAUUUUA